GCUAAGGCUCCUUAAUACUGCGGAGUAAGGGUUAUGGAGUGGAAGAUACUGAGCGGCCAUAAGAAGAAUAAAAAAACCCUCUUCCAUCCUGGCAUUGAGUUCCUCGUCAACACCGCUCAAUCUCCUAUUCUUGCCUCUUCCUGCACAGACUCUUCCAAGCCAACUAUUCUCCUGUGACCCAACAAAGCAAAUAACUAACCUCGGACUAUCAACAUGAAAUUCGUUAUCACUGCUCUCCUCUUCGCCUCCAUUGCUGUGGCUAUUCCUAAUAGUGAAAGUGUCUCUGACAAGGUUGACAACGUUAAGUUCCCCGUUGAUAAGAAGUACACCGUCAAGCAGGCCCAGGCCAAGUGUGGCAAUGAUGCCAGUGUCUCUUGCUGUAACAAGGCCACCUACACUCACGACAUCAACACUGCUAAUAUGGGUCCUCCCGCCGGUGUCAUCAAAACCGCCCUUGGCGGCGGUCCCGGUGGUGACGGCCUGGGUCUCUUUGGCCAGUGCAACGAUAUGAUUGCGAAAGUCCCUGUUCUGAAUGUUGUCGGCGGUGGGGACAACCAGCUUGUCGCAGCGAAGUGCAAGCAGAACAUCGCUUGCUGCCAGCAGGAUGCAUCGCAAGAUAGCGGCAACGUCGUUAGAGUUGCGAUUCCCUGCGUCGCCCUUGGCUCCCUCAUCUAAGCAGUAUGUACAGCGCCUUCCCUAUAGUCGGGAAGAAGCAUAGAGACACCCUUCUGUAACUCCGGGUGUCUGGCAGGGAGUAUACAUUGAAUGUGUGUACAUACUGUGUACAACCUGAAUGCCCCAGCAAGGUUUUUUAUUCCGGUUGCCUGGUACUACCGGCAUGCUAGUGUCUGGGCUCAGCUGGGUCAAUUAUGCUGUUCGCUUGUCGUUCGUUUGUCUCUGUAUCUAAUUCAUACAUAAUAGAAAGAGCUUUCUAAACUUCCA